AUGGCUCUUGUGCGCUCCGGGCAAGGUCAAGCCUUCAGGGUGGACAUGAUACUUCCAGAAAAGACCAACGAGGAGGACUCGAACGCGGCUGACGACCUCUAUCGAGCCUAUGUGUAUAUCGGGGAGAAGCCACCUUCAUGGGAUGAGCUAAGCCUGCCAGACAUUCCCAAGGAUUCGAGCAGAAUUGCAGCGGAAGGACCCGCGGCAGGCGUGGAACCUGUAUGUCAUGACGGCACCAAGCCAGAUCCUUUUUCGCGAGGUGGACGCGCCCAUCCGGAUAGCUCCGAGGACGAACAAGUCAUUGUAGAGUGGACGGUAGUGGAUUUCCGAAUUCGGAUUGAUGCUUCCUAA